CAACCAGAUCAGAGACCGUUGGUGAAGGAGCAACAAAGAUAAGAUUUUUCUGCUUCUUCUUCUUCUUCAUCAAUGGCGUCUGCUUCUCUCAAAUCCUCCCCUGUUCUUGACAAGCUCGAGUGGGUCAAAGGCCAGUCUCUCCGGCAGCCAUCCGUCUCCGCCGUCCGCUGCCACCCCACCACCGCCCCCUCCACCCUCACCAUCCGUGCCUCCUCUUAUAGCGAUGAAUUGGUCAAAACAGCUAAAACGGUGGCGUCCCCGGGCCGGGGGAUAUUGGCGAUGGAUGAGUCCAAUGCUACCUGUGGAAAGCGUUUGGAUUCAAUUGGGUUAGAAAACACAGAGGCGAACCGUCAGGCUUACAGAACUCUGCUGGUCACUGCACCAGAGCUCGGCAAGUACAUCUCCGGUGCUAUACUUUUUGAAGAGACGCUCUACCAAUCCACCGUCGACGGCGAGAAGAUUGUCGACGUUUUGGUGAAGCAGGGCAUUGUUCCGGGAAUUAAAGUUGAUAAGGGGUUGGUGCCACUUCCUGGUUCCAACAAUGAAUCAUGGUGUCAAGGACUCGAUGGCCUUGCUGCUCGCGCUGCUGCUUACUACCAACAGGGCGCGCGUUUUGCCAAAUGGCGCACGGUUGUGAGUAUCCCCAAUGGUCCAUCGGCCCUGGCUGUCAAGGAAGCCGCUUGGGGCCUUGCUCGCUACGCUGCAGUUUCCCAGGACAAUGGAUUGGUGCCGAUUGUGGAGCCAGAGAUCCUGCUGGAUGGAGAGCACGGAAUCGACAGAACCUUCGAGGUAGCACAGAAAGUUUGGGCAGAGGUGUUCUUCUACCUUGCAGAGAACAAUGUCCUGUUCGAAGGAAUUCUUCUGAAACCAAGCAUGGUAACUCCAGGAGCAGAGAGCAAAGACAAAGCCAGCCCUGAAAAGGUCGCAGAGUACACUCUGUCUCUUCUCAAAAGAAGAAUCCCUCCAGCAGUUCCUGGAAUCAUGGCAAUUUUUAUCAGGUGGGCAAUCGGAGGUAGAGGCCACAUUGAACUUGAAUGCGAUGAACCAAGCGCCAAACCCAUGGCAUGUGUCGUUCUCGUACGCCAGAGCUCUGCAGAACACGUGCUUGAAGACAUGGGGUGGGCGGCCGGAGAAUGUGAAGGCCGCACAGGAUGCUUUGAUUCUAAGAGCCAAGGCAAACUCGCUUGCGCAGCUUGGGAAGUACACUGGUGAGGGUGAGUCCGCUGAGGCUAAGGAGGGAAUGUUCGUCAAGGGCUACACAUACUAAGGCUUUAUGAUGGUGAUGGUGAUGGUUCAUGGCGAUUUGAAACGAACUGGGAAGUGUUUUUGUGAAAUCUUAGCAGCGUAAUGAAGUUUUUGUGGAUGGUUUUAGAUUAAUCCUAUGUAAGAUGCUUGAAUGAACCUUGUAAUUCAAGAACAAACAAAGUUGCAUCCAUUGUUUGAAUAACAAAGAUAAUCCUUUAAUCACAA